CAAGUGAGGGAUGAGUAGCCCAGCAGGGCUUGACUAUAAAGGCCGAGCCUGCUACGCUCCCUCAAACCCCUGCCCGGCUCCUCAGUGUGACCCUGUGAGAAGAUGGCAUGCGAAAUGUCACAGAUGGAAGGCAGUAUCCAGACCAUCAUCAACGUCUUCCAUCAAUACUCGACGCGCCUGGGCCACCCUGAUACCCUGAACCAACAAGAGUUCAAGCAGCUGGUGGUGAAAGACCUGGCAAACUUCCUCAAGGAGGAGAAAAGAGACAAAAAAGCCAUCCAAGAUAUCAUGGAGGAUCUGGACACCAAUAGUGACAAGGAGCUGUCUUUUGAGGAAUACAUCAUCCUGAUGGGGCGCUUGACCCAUGCUUCCCAUGAGGAGAUGCACAAGAAUGCUCCUCUAAGUGAAGGCCACAGCCACGGGCCAGGCCUUGGUGAGGGUGGCCACGGCCAUGGCCACAGCCACUAGUCAGGGGACCAGGCUAUUCUUCCCUGGACCCAGCCAGGCCUCUGCAUGAUGGGGCAACAGCUUCAGCCCUGCAGAGUUGUGCACCUGGCCUGAGCUGUGGGUGUAAGGCCUGA